GUUUCAAAUCCAUUUGAGUACAUUUUUGGAGUUUUUGGAAACAUGUCUAUUUCGUUUAUUACAUUGUUACUUUUUGCUACCUACAAACAUAGUCUUUUCAAAAUCAAUAAUUUUUGACGAAACUUAACAUAUAGCAUCUUCAGUCUUAUAAAUUUCCUUUAUGUCGAGCUCAAGGCAUCGUGGUUAUCAAAAUGAAGGCUUUUCUGAAAGAAGAUCUCGCUUUUCCCGAGAUUUACCUGCGAACGAACGUCCCAGAGAGUCUCGGACUUACCGUGCAGAUAAUAGGUCUGUAAGCCCUUCUGCUUCUAGAAAACGUUAUUCUUAUGAUGAUGAAGGUGACAGAUACACCCAAAAACCACCUCUGGAUCCGGUGGAGGCAGCCGCUGCUGCCGCCAGACGAGUUGCAGAGUCAUUACAAUCUGGUAGACCCGCCGAUGAAGGCAAAGACAUUAUCAAAGAACAGAACAUCGAGCGCUCUGUUCCUCUUCCUAAUGCACCUGCUCCACCGCUUCCUCCUAACUCUCAAUCAAAUCUAAAUGAUUUGGUACCACCCUCUAUAGCUGAUAUUACUGGGAAAGUUAUAGAAGGGGAGGGAGUUUUUACAAUCAAUGUUGAGAUUAAUAAUGUUAGGAAUCGUUAUAUACUAGUUAAAUCUUCUACAUUAUCCGAGAUUGAGGAUAAGAGUGGAGUCCAGUUGUAUUCAAAAGGCCGCUAUUAUCCUAACAAAGCUCUAGCUUCUGAUCGAGAUCCUCCUUUAUACCUUCAUAUAGUAGCCAGUUCAACGACGGACUUAUCAAAGGCCCUAGGUGAAAUAGAAUCUUGGAUACACAAAGACAUUGGUCCUCUUGUAGACGAGAGAAGGUUUCGAAGACGUGAUGAAGUGGACCGGAACCCGCCUUCUCAAGGUGCAUCCCCUCAGGGUAUCUCAAGUCCAAUAGAAUCUCAAGGAAUGCGCAAACGAUGGAAUGAAGAAAAGGUUUAUAUCAAUUUGACACCUACUAAGGGUUUCCAUCUCCGUCAAGCAGUGGUUGGUCCUCAAGGUGCUUAUGUAAAACAUAUUCAACAAGAAACGCGUACUCGAGUGCAAAUAAAAGGACAAGGUUCUGCUUUUAUUGAACCGUCCACUAAUCGAGAAUCUGACGAACCAUUACAUUUGUGUAUAAUGAGCCAUGAUAUGAACAAUAUUCAAAAAGCAAAAUCACUAUGCGAGGAUUUAAUUGCGAAUGUACAUCAACAAUACCAGACAUGGAAAAGCCAGUACAAAGAAUAUAAUCAAGGAUCGCAAGCAUAUAAACAGACUAAUCGUAACCAUUACUCUAAUCGCUCGUCCAAACCAGAAACACCUAGCAGUCAUGGAACCCCACCAAUAUCCAAUGUCUCACCUGUUCCUGGAGUUAGUACCGCUACUUCGUCAGCACCAAUUGUUCCACCUGGCACCUCAAUGCCAGCAGCCAUGUAUCCUCCUGGUAUGUCUCCUACGGUUCCCAUGGUUCCACCAGGUAUGUCCUAUGUAUAUGGAGCUCCUGGAUUGUCUGGUCCUCCAGGACUUGAUGCGCCUGGCGUUGGUGUCCCAACUAUGUCUGCACCCGGUGCCGAUCCAUAUGCAGCUUUUGGAGGCUAUAAUGCGUAUGUCCAGUACUAUCAACAACAAAUUUAUGCUCAAAGUCGUGGAGCCAAUCCACCUCAAUAAAUGAAUGUGAUCAAUUGGUAAUUGGACAAUGAACGAACGUUCAUAGAAAAAGGCAUAUUUUACAUGAACCUGAAAAGUACACUCGUUUUUUUUUGAAUUUAGUGUUGAUUUCUAUUUGCUUAAGGUCUGAGUUUAUUUAUAAUAAUUCAGCUGAUUUUAUGUGUGGAUUAACUUAUUGCGUUUUUUUCUAGGAAAAAAUGUAGUAAAAAGUAAUAGGACUAGUAACGACAAUGAUAAUAAAUUAGGGAUACAGAAGGGAAAGGAGCUCUAUUUUUACGGUGCAUUUUCUUUGGCUUGUGCGCGGACACGCCGUUCGUACUCUAUCUUGUCUUUUCUAGAUUCAUUAAGAUUAGCAACUAGUAAAAACAAAAGUAAAAAUAAAAAAAGAAACAAGCA